GUUUUCUCAUUUCUCAAAACUCUGUUCAAAUGUCUCCUCCAUUGUGAAGCCCUCUGGGCAGAAGAUUCAACUAUUCCUCUAUUCUCCUAUACCUCUGUGUUUAGGCCUCGGUAAUUUCACUUUUCACAAAUAGCAGUUAUUUAUAUCUGUUCCUAUCUCUCCUUUUAGCAUGCUUGCUCCACGCCUGGGACUAUUCAUCCCUCAUGCCAGGCUCCUUCCUGACACAGUUUGUAGACUGAAGAGCAUUGCCCUAGGUGACCUCAGAACCUAACCAGGAGAUUUUCAGCAAUGGCCACCAUUCCUCUCCUACAUCUAUAGUUCAGAGCUGACCUCCCUCUCUUGUUGUAUUGUGUGCAAAGAGCUCUGUGUGCUGGCCAUAAGCUCAGAGGACAUACUAAGUAUAUGGAGAACAGAGAGAGCAAAAAGGGAAAAUAAAGCCUGUGUGGAUGAGUUUCAACAGUGAUAAUAAUAAUACUAGACACCAAGAUAAGAGCGUUAUAUUCAAUAUUCAAUAUCUUAUAUAAUUCUAUCAAUGUUGUUAGGUACUAUUACCCUAAUUUUAUAGGUGAGGUCAUUAAGGGUAAUGGGAGAUGAAACGAUGAAAGCUUGACUCGGAAGCCCAUAUUCUUAGCCAUUCCAUAUGAGGGCUCUAUGAGAGGAAGAUUGAAGGAGAGGAAGCCACACCAGCCUUUCCCUUCCCUGGGAUUGUCCCACUUCCUUGUCUAAAGGGAUGUGGUUUCCAGGUGUGUUCAGACCAGCCUGGGCUCAGCUGGGAUAUUUUAUAUUUUGAAACAAGGUAGCACUGAGGAUUCUUAUAAUGACUGGCUCCUAGGGCAGAUAGGGUGGAGAGGCUCCUCUUCCUAGUGUUAAGGUAAGAGAUAUAGCCCUGAGGAGAAAGAUCCCUCAUCUUCAUCACAAUAACUCCAUCCUAGGUGUUACAAGAGAAGAGAGUUAAGAGGAAGUUCCUAGGGGAGACAACAGGAGGUUGUCCACACAGGGCCCUGCUGGGGGCCCUGCUAGGGGCCCUGCUAGUUCAGCCCCCGCAACAGAGCUGCUAGAGGAGGCACUUUCCACCAGCCAAGAGAGGAGGAGAGAGAGGUUGGAGCAGAGAUAGCACAUGUGGGUCAAUGGCACUGAUGUAAGGUGACAUCCCCAGACUGCUAGAAAAACCAAACCACACAGAAGCGAGAUGUAAUCCAGAGGGCUCAGAAACAUUUCAACAAAUGCUAAUAUCAGUUGCUCUCAGCAGGACAGUCCUGUCAGCAGGAAGGGGGAAUUGUGUUAGCAUGCAUGGGGCACACUUUUUGGCACAAGGGACCUGGUUGCUAAGCAACAGUAGUUGGCCUCCCCUCCUCCCCAUAACCUUUUUCUCUGUUUCUGAGCUUCCAGUUAGCAGAUGGGAGGGGCUGGGGCUGCCCAGCCCAGCCCAGCCCUUGGCCCCCUUCCCUACAACAAGGGAUCUAUUCAUGGGUCCUGAGCAGAGCUUAUUGUCUCUCUGGUGCGUAUCUCUGUGUGUGUGUGUGUGUGUGUGUGUGUGUGUGUGUGUGUAGGGGGGACAAAGGGAAGGGCCAUGUGUAAACCAGGGAGACUUCAUCCUCCAACCAAGCAGGCUGGGCUAUUUAAUCAAUGCUGACACAAGGACAGGAGCAGAACCCUGCCUAGCAGACCCUGAAGGCUUAUAUCAGUGCCAGUGACCCACAUGAGCCUGAUGCUGGAUGAUCAAGUACCUAUGGAGGUUCAGUGUGCAGAGAAGGGCCCAGCACCUGCGAUCUCCAGAGCAGAGCCGAGAGACCAGCCACAGCCCAGUAGGCCUGACUGGGGAAUGACAGUGAACGUCUCCAAGGUGGGGCGCUGGUGCUCUGUACGACGUGGCUGUGUGGUGCUGGGAGCCCUGGGACUGCUGGCUGGUGCAGGUGUCGGCUCAUGGCUCCUGGUACUGUAUCUGUGGCCAGCUGCCUCUCAGCCCAUUUCUGGGACCUUGCAGGAUGAGGAGAUGAUGUUGAACUGCUCAGGGGCCAGCAAUGAGGAAGUUCUGCUCCCUUCAAUUCCCAAAGCAGUGUCUUUCAGAAUAAAUAGUGGAGACUUCUUGCUGGAAGUGAAGGUGAGAGCCCGUCCAGCCUGGCUCCUGGUCUGCCAUGAGGGCUGGAACCCUGCCCUGGGUAUGAGGAUCUGCCAGAGCCUUGGGCAUCUCAGUUUAAAGCUCAUUUCCUCCCAUUCUGUUCUGCCAAGACUCAUUCACCAUAAGGGAGUCAACCUGUCUGACACCAUGCUCAACAGCUCCCAGAAGUUUGCUCGGCUCUCUCCUAGUCUGGAGGGCUUCCUGAAGGAAGUGUGGCAGCUCAGGGACAACUGUACUUCUGGUCAAGUUGUUUCCCUCAAAUGCUCUGAGUGCGGCACAAGGCCUCUGGCUUCCCGGAUAGUUGGUGGGCAUGCUGUAGCUCUUGGGCGCUGGCCAUGGCAGGCCAGUGUGACCCUUGGCUCCCGACACACAUGUGGGGGUUCUGUACUGGCGCCCCACUGGGUGAUGACUGCUGCGCACUGCAUACACAGUUUCAGGUUGUUCCGCCUGUCCAGCUGGCGGGUUCAUGCAGGACUGGUCAGCCAUAGCACCAUUAAGCCACACCAGGGGGCUAUGGUGGAGAAAAUCAUCUCCCACCCCCUCUACAGUGCUCAAAGUCAUGACUAUGAUGUUGCCCUUCUGCGUCUUCGGAUACCACUCAACUUCUCAGGUCCACUAGCUGGAGAAGAAGCAGCCUCCAUGGAUGGAUGCAGGAGUGAAUCUCCUACCACUGUACACAUGACCAUCACCACCACAGGCCAGCAGCUGGGCCACCCGGCAUCUCCCCUCAGACCCGGAUUUCUAGUCCCUCUUUCUCAUCAAAGCAGCUCCAAGACAGGAGAGAGGCUGGAGUUGGGUUGGGAAUGAUGUGGGGAGCUGGGGGCUGAGGAGGUUACGGUGAGAGAUAGAAGAAGCUACUGGAAGCAGUUGGGGGCCUGUCCUUUUGCCCUGUCCUGGGGAGGAUUCACAGGGGUUCUCCUAGUCCUGCCUUCUCCCUGUGCCCUCAGGUGGGCUAAGUGCCUCCCUAGAGGAGUGCCUAGCUCAGGAGCUCCUGGGAAGAGAAGAUCAAAGCUGGAUAGCCCAGUAUAAGCCCAUGGGAAUCAGGAUCCUUCCCCCUCCCCUGUUGUCUCACCUGUUCUUAUCUAGCUCUGGCAGGUCCUGCAUGGGGCAGAGACACUGUAAAACAAGGAGGUUGGAACUGGAAAAUAGCGUAUGGUUUUAAAAUGACAGUCUGUGAACUGGUUCAAAGAGUUAUGUUAUUAAAUUGAAGUUAUGUUUGGCCCUUGG